UUUACACUCCAGUCCUCUCCUUCCCAUAUAUCCCAUUUGUCCCUCAGGUUUCACAGAUCUUUAAUUUCUUUCAAUCUUCUAACAUUUUUUACAUACCGUAAUAUACCUAGUUUGCAACAUUAAUAUGUCAAGCGGAAGAUCGGGUUCGAGUCGAAACACAGGUGCACCCCGGCUCACGGAUGACCAGAUCACUGAUCUUGUCUCCAAGUUGCAACAACUUAUCCCUGAGCUUCGCAAUGGCCGCUUCAACAAGGCUUCAAGUUCAGGGAUCUUGCAGGAAACUUGCAACUACAUAAAAAACUUACAAAAAGAGGUGGAUGAUUUAAGCGACCGUUUAGCUCAGCUUUUGGCUUCGAAGGAGACUGAUGAUGACCAAGCAGCCAUUAUUAAGAGUUUACUCAUGUAACUUAAGUCAUUGUUGUAUUCGGUUUUUAUUCCAGUUUUUCCAUGUUUAUUAUCUUUCUACCUAACGUUUUGUUCAGUACGAAGUGAUCUACUUCCAUAUUUUGGACUGUAUCUGCUUUGGUCAUGAUAAUAUAUUUCUUUAGUUCUG